AAAGGGCACAUGAUCAGAAUUCUUUGAAUACCGUCGGCCGACUCAAAAUUUCCAGUGGGUGCUUACGCCAGAUCCACCUACUUGGGUCAUCGCACCCUCCUGGAUAGUGCGAUGGCCGCUGAACGCGUGCAUGUCCCUUUUCCUGUUGGGGUUCUCGGCGCAACAGGCACGGUUGGCCAACGAUUCAUCAAGCUUAUAGCAGCACAUCCAUACUUCCGCCUCCAUGCACUAGGCGCCUCAGCCCGAUCUGCCGGACGACCGUAUCAUCAAGCCGUGAAGGGCCGCUGGAAGCAAACGACGGCAGUUCCAGCAUCAGCAAGGGACCUUGUUGUCCAGGAAUGUGUCCCCGACCGCUUUCAGGGCUGCGUCGUCAUUUUCUCCGGUUUAGAUGCAGAUGUAGCUGGCGACGUUGAGCUGGCAUUCCGUGCAUCUGAAUUCGCAGUUUUUUCAAAUGCGAAGAAUCACCGACGCGAUGCUCAGAUACCACUCAUCGUCCCCCUAGUCAAUCCUGCGCAUUUUGCAAUCAUUCCUCACCAGCGCUCCGUGCAAACGCCACGCCUCCAACGGGGAUUUAUUGUCACCAACGCAAAUUGCUCAACUACUGGGCUUGUAAUCCCCCUCGCUGCAUUGGAGAAAAAGUACGGACCGCUGGAUGCGGUACUGGUGAGCACAAUGCACAUGGAUAUUAUGGAUAAUGUAAUUCCUUACAUCGGAGGAGAGGAAGAGAAAUUGGAGUGGGAAACAGCCAAAAUACUGGGGGGGCUCACCCAAGAUGGUACAUCUUUCAACCUACGCGCGGAGUCGCCGUUGCGUAUCUCAGCGUCAUGUAGCCGGGUUCCUGUAACGGAAGGCCAUACAGAAACCGUAUCGGUCCGUUUCUCUCAUCGACCACCGCCUAGUCCCCAACAAGUCCGUGAAACUUUAGCUGAGUUCUCUACUGAAGCUCAGUCAUUGCGAGUCCCUUCGGCCCCUCAGCACGCAAUUAUCGUGCAUGAAGACAACGAUCGUCCUCAGCCACGCCUAGACCGAGAUUCCCAAGAUGGCUCCUGCGUUCAUGUCGGCCGCAUACGGCAGUGCGCCGUAUUAGAUAUCAAGUUCGUUGUGAUGUCGAACAAUGUUGCGAUCGGUGCAGCAACGAGUUCCAUCAUGAACGCCGAAAUAGCAUUAUCCAAAAAGAUUAUUAUCUCCCCUGAUUCCUAA